GCCCGGCUCUGACGUGGAGCCCAACACGGGGCKCUCUGUAUAAAAACCAGGAAUUGAUCCAAGGCAAACGGCACACUGCAGCUCUGCUGGGACACCACUCACAGUGCAGGGAUGGAGAAAACUGUCCCUGGAUGCUUCUUCCAGCAAAUGAGCAGAUGGAUCCAAGCAGCACCCGGAGUAUCUGGAGCUGGGGUGGCUCUUCCCUGCCAAAAAUGUGCAAGUGCCUGUGGUGACCCACGGGGCUGCUCCUGAUCCCUGYCCCCAGCCCGGGGUGUCACCUGCUGUCUCAAAAUCUGCGCCCAGAUUCCUUCAGAGGCACGAGGAGAUAAACAUCUCAACCCCCUGAGGCGAAGGAGGAAAUCAAACCUCGCUCUGCCGCAUUCUGGAUGCCAGUUUUAACCYCUAAAUUAUGGUGUGGGAGGGGUGGAGGGAGCAGGAGGGAGCCCUGACAGYGAUCCUGCCUGCAGGGACAGCCCUGGAAUGAAGGGACAGACACCUCUGGGUGUCACAACACAAAGGGGGAAGGCAUUUUCCAGCCAGGAACUCCAGUUCCUGUCCAAAGGAUGCUGUGGUGUACAGAAGAACGCUGGCAGCAUUGUGGAAAACGCUGAAGUUUCAAUCAGAGGAUGUGAGAAACACCCUGAGCUCCUCAAGGUCUGGCCCCGGGCACCUCCUCCGGCUUCUCCGGCUGCUCCUCAUUCCUAACGCUCCUCCUUGGACUCAUCACCAAACCCUGGGUCAGGCACGACCCAAAGUCCAGAAGCUCUGAGUUAAAAAGCUCCACAUGGACGAGACCUGCUGUAAAUUCAGCCCUUGGGGGUCAUGUAAUGAGCAAAGAUCUUUAUCRCGGCCUAUAAUUCAUCUCCUCAAAAAAAAUAAUUAAUGAACAUGGACACAGAAAAAGGUGGCAAGAAAAAAAAAUAACAACAGAACAUUCUUAAUGUACCUUUUCAAAAGAGGUAACGAGGUAAAUCAGGAUUGAAGAUAAUGAGAUAAAUCAGGAUUGAAGAUAACAAGAUAAAUCAGGGUUCAACUGUACCUGCCAUGGAUUGGUUCUCCUCCACUCGGAGCUGGGGACUUGUUGGAGUUCCACAUUGUGGAUUCAGGGUAUUCCUCUCUGGCUGGCAUUUCAAUGGAGAGAGACCACAUGAAAGACCUCAGGAGGUACCUGGCACUGAAAUACAUCCAAUACCUCGUGCUGUCCUCCUCCAACGCCGUCAGCACGCUGCUGGGGCUGCUGGGCAGCGCCUACGCCAUGAUCCUCCUGCAGUCUGCCAAGGUCUCCUCCAAAUCCACCRCAGUCCUCAUUUCCAGCCUGGCCCAGGCAGACAUCCUGGUUUUCCUCAGCUUUGUUCUUGACGUGGUUUUGGGGGGUUUUGGUGCUGUUGUUUCCCCCGUGGGCUCGGCGCUGGCGCGGACGCUGCUGACAGCCAACGCUCACCUGAGCUGUGUCCUGCUGAGCUGUGUGGCCGUGGAGGCGUACCUGAUCACCUUCCUGCCAGCACAGUCACGGCCCCUGAGGACAGUCAGCAAGGCCAGGCUGCUGGYCAGGGUGCUCUGGACGCUGGUGGCYGCAGAGUGUGCCCUGUUCCUCCUGGAUGAGCACCUGAGUGCUGGUGGCCCCUCCGCUCCCUCUCACAGCGUUUUGGGGCUGCUGCUCCGGCUCUCCAGCUCGGCUGCUGCCCUGCUCAGGUCCCUCAGCUACAUCCUGGGCAUCCUGCUGAGGAUUGUCAACGUCUACAUCUACUACAAGAUCUUUUUCAGCCUGUCUCCCAGGUCUAGGCUCAAAUCCAAGUAGGGCACGUUCCUCUGGGAAUCCUGGAACGACACAAAACCCUUGGRCACAAUUCCAAACCAAUGGAAACUGCUCCGUAAUCAGGACCAAGGCUCGCCCUGGAGCUGCAACCUUCAUCAUUCCUGGUGAGGAAAGAAUUCUGAAUCCUCAGCUGUUACUGAGAGGAGUUUGGGGCUGAGGAGUCUCUUGGCAUCAAGAAAACGCAGCUGCUGUGUCUUUAUUGAGACUUYAUUCACCGUACAGGUGAAACUACAGACUUUUCACGGUUGGAAAUCAACCCCACUAUUUUUUAYAUAAAAAGGGUGCUUAAAGGCUUCCUCAGGGAUCUGUUGAGCUGAGAGUUGUGUAGCUGUUUAACAAAGACAGGAUCUAUGUCCUAAAAUAUUCCUAACCCAGGUGAGCCCUGGUGGGGUGGAGUCCUUGUGCCAUUCCCAGCUCGUGGCCGUGGCGCCAGCAGCGAGUGCUCAGUGCUGACUCUGCUUCUCAGGAGACUUGAAAGGAAGCUCAGCCAAGGGCUGGGGAUCAGCAACAACGGAGCAGAAAUGUAAUCAAGUCAAUUAAACCCUUGGAUGAGCGUUGCCAAACACCGCUGAUCCUGUCAGCAGGAAGGACGGAUGUCCUAAUAACUUGAUGCUCUGUGAUAACCUGUUCUUGCUCCUGGGGCCUGAAGUGAGACACUCCCAGRAGAGAUGAAGUGUUACUUGAAGUGCUGUAAUUAAUAAAAAUCUAUUUUGUUAAAGCCUGGGCAUUAUUUAUGUA